GCGGGGCGCAGACCGUGCUCGACCCCGGCGCUGGCACAACGCGCACGCGCGCGGAAUAACACGAUUCUUUUUUUAAAUUAACGUUUUUGUGUGUGUGUGAAAUGCUGUGUGUAUAGUUUGCAACAUGCUGGUGCUUUGCGUUGUUUGGUGCGUGCUUGCACCGAUUCUAGCACAAGUGGAACGUCGCUGCGGGCACCCAGCAGUGCCGCCCAACGCCCGCGUGUCGUUACCGAGCGACGCGGCCAUAACCCCGGGCACAAUCGCCACGUACGAAUGCGACGACGGCUACGAACUGUUCGGAGCACGACAGAGGGAGUGUACGCUGAGGGGCGACUGGACCGCUGACCCACCAUUUUGUGGCACGAACGUGGCAUUCAGGAAGCCAGCCAACCAAUCAACGACGGUCCGCGGCGGCGGAGCGGCCAAUGGGAACGACGGGGAGAAGACUACCGAACAUGAUGGGAAAAGGUGUACGGAGACGCAGCGUGAAGCCAGCCCGUGGUGGCAGGUGGAUCUGCUGAGACAUUAUGCUGUUAAAGUCGUCAGGGUUACCACUAGAGGCUGCUGCGGUCAUCAACCGCUGCAGGACCUGGAGAUCAGAGUGGGCAACAGCAGCUCCGACCUGCAGAGGAACCCUCUCUGCGCCUGGUUCCCUGGUACCAUCGACGAAGGAGUAACGAAAACGUUCACCUGCGCGCGCCCGCUGGUCGGCCAGCACGUGUUCCUACAGCUGGUGGGGGUGGAGGGGUCGCUCUCGCUGUGCGAAGUUGAAGUCUUCACCACAGAAGAAUUCUCGAACGACCGGUGCGCGCCCGUUGGCCUGCCCGACGACGUGGAGCUGGCCGCGUUCUCCCGCAACUGCUACGAGUUCAAUGUGGCCCGGGGCGGCAGCUUCGACGAGGCAAGACGGCAGUGCCAGACGCAUGGCGGGGACCUCAUACACGGGUUCCAGGGAGCAACGUCCAGCUUCCUCAUCCAGGAACUGGAGCGGCGAAAGGCUCAGCUGAAGACCCAACUGGUAUGGAUCGGCGCGCAGAAGGAACCUGGGCUCACGUCCAGGACUUGGAAGUGGGUUGACGGCGAAGUGGUAUCCAAGCCAGCUUGGGGCAAAGAUCAGCCUAAUAACUACAACGGGGAGCAGAACUGCGUGGUCCUGGAUGGCGGGCGCGCCUGGCUGUGGAACGACGUGGGGUGCAACCUCGACUACUUGCACUGGAUCUGCCAGUACAUGCCGCCGACAUGCGGCAGCCCGGACAAGCUGCUGAACACCACGAUAGAGGGAGACAGCUAUAAGGUGGGCGCCUCCAUCGCGUACCGCUGCCCCGAGGGGCACAUGCUGGUGGGAGACAAGACGAGAGAGUGCAAGAAGGACGGAUUCUGGUCGGGCGCGGCGCCGAAUUGUAAAUACGUGAACUGCGGCGGUCUACCUUCAAUCCAAGAUGGCGAUGUGACGCUCACCGACGGACGCACCACGCACGGCGCGCGCGCCUCCUACUCCUGCCGGGAGAACUACACUCUCGUCGGAGACGUGGAGAGAGUCUGCGGCGAUGAAGGCCUGUGGACCGGAUCCGCCCCGAAGUGCCUGUUCGACUGGUGCCCGGAGCCCCCGCCUGUGUCUGGUGCUGUUGUGACGGUUGGGGGGCACAAGGCGGGCUCGCUUGCGACUUACAGCUGUCAGAAUGGAUUCAUACUGUUUGGGCAGCCGAGCGUGACGUGCACUCUCGGCGGCUCAUGGUCGGGCACGCCGCCCUCCUGCAAGUACGUCGACUGCGGCACGCCCGCGCAGAUCCACGCGGGCUCCUUCCGGCUGCUCAACGGGACCACCACGUACGGCUCCGUGGCGGCGUUCGCGUGCGAGCCGGACUACUGGCUGCAGGGCGCCGAUACACUGCAGUGCAACCGGGACGGCAAGUGGAGCCACGACAUACCCGCCUGCGAGCUGAUAACGUGCGCGGACCCCGAAGUCCCGGCGGGCGGCUACAUGGAGGCCUACGACUACAACGUGCACUCCACCAUCGACUUCCACUGCGAGGCCGGGCACCUGCUGGUGGGCGAGCGUAGCCUCGUGUGCCAGCAAGACGGCGAGUGGUCGGGCGAGUCGCCCAAGUGCGAGUACGUGGAUUGCGGCAAGCUGCCACCAUUGCCCUACGGAGCAGCCGAGCUGCUGAACGGCACCACCCAUCUUGGCAGCAUCAUACAGUACUCCUGCACGACGAACUUCCGCCUAGCGGGGCCUGUUCGCCGCGAGUGCGGCCCGGACCACCAGUGGAGCGACGCGUCGCCCAGGUGUGAAGAAAUCCGCUGCCCAGAGCCGAUAGUGGCCGAGAACAGCAUCGUGUCGGUGACCGGCAACGACCGUAUGCACGGCCGGACCAUGAUUCGAACCUCCACCUCCGUGAGCGCGGGCAACGGCAACACCUAUCGUAUCGGCGCGCUGGUCAAAUACCGCUGCGAGAGGGGGUACAAGGUUGUUGGAGAGAGCCUGUCCACUUGUGAGGAUAGUGGACAGUGGAGCGGAUCCACGCCCAGGUGCCAAUACGUGGACUGCGGCAACCCCGGCCGCCUCGAGAACGGCAAGGUGACGCUGGCCACGAACGCGACGUACUACGGCGCCACGGCCCUUUACGAGUGCGACGAACACUGGCAACUAGAUGGCGUGUCUCGGAGACUGUGCCAGGACAAUGGCACUUGGAGCUCUGAGGCUCCCGUGUGCAAAGAAAUAAUUUGCCCAGACCCCUCGGAACAAAUCAAGGGUGGCGUCGGCCUCAAUGUCGAGACUUGGACUCGCAGCAUCGGCGGCGAGGCCCACUACCGUUGUGAGCGGGGCUACCGGCUCAAGGGUAACCAGUCCAGGACGUGUCUGCCUAAAGGGGCCUGGAGCGGGACGCCGCCAUCUUGCGCACCCAUCGACUGCCACCCGCCCGGCUCGAUCGACAACGGCCGCGUCAUCAUAGCGAACGGCUCCACCCUCUUCGGCAGCUCCAUCGAGUACCACUGCCUGCCGCAGUUCCAGCGCGUCGGGCCCUUCCUCCGCAAGUGCAUGGACGACGGCCAUUGGUCCGGCGACGAGCCCAGCUGCGAGAUAGCCAUUAACGAGGCGGCUGAGACGAGCACGCUGCCGCUAAGGGUCGGCAUUGGCUGCGGGGUUGUGCUGUUCUUGCUGGUGCUGCUGGGAGCUAUUUAUUUGAUACUUCGAAAAUCAACACCAGUGAAGAACACCGAAAACAUAGAGGGCGCUGAACGCAAGGAGGACCAGAACGCAGCAGUCAUGAGCUAUGCCACGCUGCACGACACCAACGGCCGCCACAUAUAUGACCACGUCAGCGACAACGUGUACGACUCGCCGUACAGCGACCACCUGGCCGACAACGCGGCGUACGGCCGACGAAGCGACACCGACUCCGCGUACGAACCGGAGCCGACCGGACCUAAUGCGGUCGUCACUAUUAACGGGGUCGCGGUCCGCUAAUAUGCUGCUACGAGUGUUAAGGUUUGAUGUCAAUACUGAUGUAACAAAAUAUCAAAUCGAGUUUUGGUACUGCCGAACUUAGAAUUGGACUAAGAGUGUAAGAGCCAUAUUGAUGUAAUUUUUCAUUACCUAUGUAGGUAUUGUGCUUUUUACUUGAAAAACUAAAGUCGAAGACGAUGGCAUGUCAUCAGUAGGUAUGUUUUAUAUAUCUAGAUGUUUCUAGUUUACUAUGUGUAUACGUUAAGGAAAGUUGUUAUGUGCUAUACUUUCACGAAUUUAGGUAACCAAAUAGCCAUUUAAAUCGCUUGGUUUUGACUCGUUUUUGUGUCAUAAUUCGUAGUCGCCUUUUAUUUAAGAAUAAAUGUAUUGACAUACUGACAAAUUGGAUGAUUUUGUUUUUGUUUAAUACGUAACGUGUGAAGUGAUAAGCUCUGCACCUACCUACUAUUUUUAUAUUUUUUUACGUUCAUACAAAAUCAAUACUGUAAUGGUUACCAUUUUCUGUAGACUUGGUAUAAACCGAUGUUAAUUGUAGUUUAUAAUAACUUUUACCCGGCUGCGUUAUAGAUCAAAAAAGUUAACGGUAACAUCUCCAAGAUAAUAACUAGAGGUAAUAGUCAUUGUAAUUCACAAGAUAAUCACAAAAAAUAUUGUUUUUACUCUGCAGAUCUAUAAAAAUGGUAAUCGGAGGUGGACUUUUGGAGAGUUUUAAGUAGGUACGAAGCUAUUAUAAUCUAGGUAUUCGGAAAUGUAUACCUAUAUUAAAAGAAUACUUACCUAGUUACUUGUAGCUGACUUUUGAUCCCAUGGGUUUAUAAACUUAUAUAAUAAGUAGUUUUGUAUUAUAAAAACGCAGCAGUCGGGUGUGUAAAUAGCGUAAUGUUAAUGUUAAUGCGUGAGCGAAGGCGGGAAGUGAUCACCAACCCUUACUAGGUACGAACCAAAGAUGUAAAAGUGUUGGAAUUGUAUGAAUUAUUCAUGUUUAUAUUAAUUAGUUAAAAUUUGUAUCGUAAAUUGCAUUUUAAUUCAUUAUGUUAAGAGUGCUUACUAAAAUGGAGUUAUAUUAUCGAUCAGUGACAGAAAAUGGAUGCUAACAUUAGAUAUAUACAUUUUCAUUCAAUUCCUAUUGAUUAAAUAGCCAACAUAUCUAUUUAAUGUAGGCCUUUCUGGCAUAAAGUUAUUAUAAUUUAAGAACUAUAAAUCAUAAUUGUAACAAGAUAUUUCCUUUUUCUACUACCUACUUGUCUUUGUAAUCUUAAGGCUAAUAGCUCUACCACUCUUGCAUAUUCGGGCGAUAGAGAGGUAGAUAAAGAAAUUUCAAUUUUCGCGGUAGAGACUCAGAUUUGUUGUUCUUUUUAAGUUUUCUUUCAAAUCUUUUUUUAUCGUCCAUUUUCUUUUAUGUUUUUUACAACAUACUUUCAGCUCACAUUUUUGUAUCAUUAUAGUUAUAUGUGAUCCGAAAGUAUUAACAAUAUAACAUUUAUUAUUUAGUAUGUAAGUGGUAAUGUACCUAUUUGGCGGAGAUUCGACAAAAAAAAUGAGUGUAGGUAUAUUCAGAAUCUUUCAGUUUGAUUAAUGAUUAGCUAUAUAGGUACUUUAGUUACAUUUUAGCCAAUGACAACUAAAUGACUAGGUAUUCUACAGCUUAUGCUCGAAAUGAAACUUUGUUCGGAGAUUUCCCUAUACGCUUGCAUAUUUACGAUGAAGUUAUGAAUACCCUAAAUACGGGGAAAAUACCGUCCGUUCACUGACUUUAUUUGUGUAUAUACUUACCUAUUAGAAAACUAGUUAGAUUCUGAACUGAUGUUUUACAUUCUUCUAAAUCUAGACCUGUCGAAUCGUUCGUAGAUAUUGUAGGAGGAUAUAGUUAUUUAUUUUGUUAUAUAUACUUACAUUUUGCUAGGUGAUUCAUAGAUAUGGAUCAUUUUGAUGCCAAAAUAAUAUUGCUAUUUCUUCUUCUUUUUAACGACGUACAUAUUACCUUAGGCCUAGUUAUAUGUUCCUUAUAAAUUGGUUUUCUCAUUAGGUAUAAAAAUAUAUCCUCUAGCAGCGAGACCAGAAAUGGAAGACACUUGUUCUACUGUAUUACUUGCGUUGUUUGAGUUCUAAUAGAUAAGUAUAGCCUACUUUAAAUCCCUGACGGGUGACGGCCACUUUGAGAAACAGUAGGUAUACUUUCCUUUUUAGAACUCGCUGUAAGAGAUGGACUAAGUACCUAUAAAAUUGUUUCAAUAAAUCAUUUAAGAUUUAAGCAUGUCUAUUUGACUAACAUUAUUUUUCAAUAUUGAUGUGUCGAACUUCUAUUCGCUGUGUGGAAACGUCAAUCUUUUAAAUACAAAAUGAAUUCUACUGAUAGGUAGUUUUUUUCUAAUAAUCUUUAUACUAUUGUAAAAUAUCUGUAGGUAAGUCCUUUAUAUCGUAGUUUAAAAUCAAAUGUUUGUGUAUGUCAGUGAAUUGCGAAAUUAUAUUAUAGGUACCUAGACAAUAAUAAUGUAAAAAAAUCUAAUAUUUAUUGCACCAGCAAUUUGAAACUUUUUUUAUGUUCAUACACAGACUACUGUGAAUGAUCCAAUGAUGAUUAAAUUUUCUUAAUUUGUGAUUGUACACUAAUUUAAAAUACCAUUCAGUUGCUGAAAAUGUUAAGUGCCACUAUUAUGAAUUGAGUCUCGUCCCGAGUUGCUACAUUAGGCAUAAUAUGUAUAAGGCUAGCCUGCACUGUCUGAACCUCUCAAUAAAAUACAUUUUGUUCAAUUGUUCCAAUAAGUGUUCAUUAGGAAUAAAUUGUAAAAAGCAUACCUAAAUAUUGUUAUUUUUUGUAGAAUAAAUCGAAAUAAUUCAUAUAUGGAUUUGUUGAAUAUAUGUCUUCAAUGUGAAA